AUGGAGCUUUCUGAUGCGAUUGAAGUGUCCAGAGUGAAUAACGUGUUUAUGCGGAAAGGCCCUCGCCCACUGCAAGUUGGAUCUCUAGUGUUAAUAGGCCAUCAUUUGAUAUUUUCCCCAGUUCCAUCUCGUGAUGGCAACAGCGAUGAGUUUUGGGUGAAUUUAUAUGGCUAUAAACACUUUGAAAAUGUUUUGCAAAUCGGGUGCUUUAUGAGCCUGUCAGUAAAGAACUGUUUUCUUCUUCAGAUAAUAGUGUUCGAGAUUCCAAAUUGGGAUGAAUGCCAGGCUGCAGCGCGUUCAAUUGAAACGCUAUCAAAUAUUAAUGGUUGUGACCAUGAUUAUCCAUUCUAUUAUCGAUGUCCGUUCCAAGUACUUGAUGAUGGUUGGAAGGCUUUCGAUUCUGAAGAAGAAUUCGCGCGAUUGAUCGUACGAUGUGGUGAUGCAUUUCGUAUUAGUGGUGUCAAUGAAGGAUUCAAAGUCUGCGCAUCAUAUCCUGAGAAAGUGAUUGUGCCAAAAGUUAUUGGUGAUGACUAUUUGCGUAUUAGUGCCACAUUUCGGGAUGGGUCACGCUUCCCGGUGCUAAGCUACUUUCAUAAACACACUAAGUCAUGCAUACUAAGAUGUGGACAGCCGCUUAUUGGACCAACGAAUCGAAGAUGUAAAGAAGAUGAGAAUAUCUUGAAGUCACUUUUGAAUCAUAACCGUGGGACAAUUAUUGACACGAGAGCUAUCCAAAUCGCACAGAAUGCAAGAAGCAAAGGUGGCGGCUACGAGUCACGAAUGAACUACACUCACUUCCGUUAUAUGUGCAUUCCAAUACCACGUAUUCGAGAAAUCCAUGUCUCACUGGCGAAAAUGGUCGAAUUGUGCAAUGAUCGGCAGAUCUCAAGUGAUCGAUUCAUAUCUCGAUUGGCCCAAGCGUCUUGGUUACAAUGUGUUUCGGAUAGCCUGAACUGUGCUGCUAAUGUCGCACAGUGUAUACAUUUAGAAGUUCCCGUUAUUGUUCAUGGUGGUGAAGGCACCGACACGACAUUGUUGGCGACAUCAAUAGCCCAAGUUAUGCUUGAUCCAGAUGCAAGGACAAUCCGAGGAUUCGAAUCUCUAGUAGAAAGGGAGUGGAUUUGUGCAGGUCAUCCGUUUCAGCUUCGAAACGCACAUUCAGCCUACGCUGAGGGUGCGAUUACUGGGCCACAAGAAAGUCCAGUUUUCCUAUGCUUCCUUGACUCUGUGUAUCAGAUCAUAGCCCAGUACCCCCAUUCGUUCGAGUUUGGAGAGGAUUUUUUGAUAUUCUUGUUCGAACACGCUUACGCUAGUGAAUUCGGUUCCUUCUUAGGAAAUAGCGAAAUGAUGAAAGCCGAACUCGGUGUUAAAAAGUCAACUGUUUCGUUGUGGUCAUACGUCAACAAUCCAGAGAUACUUCGAACGUUCGUAAAUACAUUAUAUGAACCAAGAGAAUCUGUGAUCUGGCCAUCUGUCGCACCGCAGAGCAUUCGCAUUUGGGAGAGAUUAUUUUUUCGCUGGCAGAGUGACUGGACCGAACAAGACUACCUUAAAAAAGCAGCAGCACAGUGGAGAACAAAGGAACGUGAACUGAUUUCUCGAGCCCUUUUACUAAGAAGAUUGGAACAUGUCUAA